ACGCUUGACAAGUGUGUGCAGUCGGAAUAGUGGCAGCUGCAGGUGUUGGUGAGGUGGAGGAGUGUCUGGUGAUGCUCAGGAGGCCGUGAGCCACAGCAGCCCAGGGCUAUGGGUCCGUGCCACACACAGCCACUGUGGGGAGAUCCAGCUGGAAUUAAGGACUGGAAUCUUGAACCUCUGCACUUCAGUUCCCCCUGGCUUGUUCUGAAGUCCUAUGAUAGCCUCAUUUUUUGAGAGCCCAUAUUCUGAUCGCCAUGGCAGCCACAAGAAACGUGAUGAGAGCUGUCAGAGUUUUUGAAUUUGGUGGCCCUGAAGUGCUUAAACUCCAGUCAGACGUCUCAAUUCCUCAUCCAAAAGAAGAUCAGGUGUUAAUUAAAGUCCAUGCCUGUGGGGUGAAUCCUGUGGAGACAUAUAUCCGUUCCGGGAAUUACGCAAGGAAACCAGCCCUGCCCUACACUCCUGGCUCAGACGUGGCUGGGGUGGUAGAGGGUGUUGGGGAGCGUGUGACUGCCUUCAAGAAAGGUGACAGGGUUUUUACCACUGCCACGAUCUCUGGAGGAUAUGCAGAUUAUGCAGUUGCUGCCGCUAACAGAGUCUUCCUGUUGUCAGAUAAACUGGACUUCAGGCAGGGAGCAGCCAUUGGAGUACCCUAUUUCACUGCCUAUCGCGCCCUCUUCCAAAAGGGCCGUGCCAAAGCCGGGGAGAGCGUGCUCGUGCACGGGGCCAGUGGGGGAGUGGGAAUAGCAGCAUGUCAGAUUGCCAGAGCUUGUGGCUUAAAGGUUCUGGGUACCGCAGGAACCGAGGAAGGCAUGAACGUGGUUCUGAGAAAUGGUGCUCACCAAGCAUUUAAUCACAGGGAAGCUAAUUACAUAGAUAAAAUUAAGGAGUCCACGGGGAUGGGAGGAGUGGAUAUAAUAAUAGAGAUGCUCUCUAACGUCAACCUGGCUGCUGACCUGCAGCUGCUCUCCCCUGGAGGGAGGGUGAUGGUCGUGGGCAGUAGAGGUCCCAUCGAGAUAAAUCCAAGAGACACUAUGAGUAAAGAAUCCAGCAUAAUUGGAGUCAGUCUGUUUCUUGCAACGGAGGAGGAGAGGCAGGAGUGUGCAGCAGUGCUCCUGGACGGGGCAGAAGCUGGCUGGCUGAGGCCCACUGUGGGCUCCGAGUACCCCCUGGAGAAGGUCGUUCAGGCUCACGAGGACAUCAUUCACUGCAGUGGUGCUCGGGGCAAGAUGGUGCUCCUGCCCUGACCUCCUCGCCCGCUUGUCUUGUAACUUUGCUUACGUGAUUCGUGGAGUGUGUGUUAUAAAACAUACUUUUGAUCAGGUUGGACAGUAACAGCAAAUGCUAACUCACAUUAAUUAAUUACAUUAAUUAAUUAAUUAAGAACGUAUUUUCUUUUUUAAUCAAAGUAUACUUUGGGUAUACUUUCAGGUAAUUUUUGUGGCCUUUUUGGCUGACAUGUGAAUAAUAAACUUUCCCUGCUGCGUGGGGCUGCAGGGCAGGGGAGCGGGGACCCGAGGCAGAGCUGGCACCGUGGGGGUGUGGGGCUGGGGCCAGCCCGGCUCCUGCGGCAGGGACACACCUGUGGGGGGGAACUAGGUGUGUGUAACUAGGGCUCUGGACAUUCUCCAGCCACACAAUGUGUCUUAUUCAUCUCUUGUCAUGUAAUUUACUUGGAAUAAAAGCUUUUACUGCCAAACUA